CAAUAUUGCUGUAUUGUGCCUAGAAGCGCGCUCGUUUCUGGAGACAUUGUAUAUCCUAAAGAUCUAGCGUUCUGGACGUUGUCUAGUGCGUUAAAAGAGUCCCGCCUACUGUUGCGCCUUGGCUUAGGUGACGCAGCUACCUAGGAGGUGGAGUAGUGUGGCCGGUAGGCAGCGUCCAGGCCUUGCGUCUUGUGGCUGUAGACGACCAGGUGGAGCACGAUGCCUUCAAUAAAACUGCAGAGUUCUGAUGGAGAGAUCUUUGAAGUAGAUGUAGAAAUUGCAAAGCAAUCGGUUACUAUCAAGACCAUGUUGGAAGACUUGGGCAUGGAUGAUGAAGGAGAUGACGACCCUGUGCCACUUCCUAACGUUAAUGCAGCAAUUCUUAAAAAGGUGAUCCAAUGGUGCACUCACCACAAAGAUGACCCUCCUCCACCCGAGGAUGAUGAGAAUAAGGAAAAAAGGACAGAUGAUAUUCCUGUAUGGGACCAGGAAUUUCUUAAAGUAGACCAAGGAACUCUGUUUGAACUUAUCCUGGCUGCCAACUAUUUGGAUAUUAAAGGACUGCUUGACGUUACCUGUAAAACCGUGGCAAACAUGAUUAAAGGCAAAACACCAGAAGAAAUUCGAAAAACAUUUAAUAUAAAAAAUGAUUUUACUGAAGAGGAAGAGGCACAGGUACGCAAAGAGAAUCAGUGGUGUGAAGAGAAAUGAAACACUGUGCCUCCUGGUGCUGUAACACUGUAAGAAUCGUUCCAAAUAGUUGCACUGCUCCGUUUCUAAUAGAAAAUUCAGCAGCUUCUCCUAUUUGCAGCAGGUGUUUUGCUGCAUGUUGUGUCCUAUAUAAAUAUAUAUAUUUUCUUUUUCAAUUCUUCUCUCCAACUGUGUUUUUGCCUUUGUAAUCUAGUGUGACUUCUGAUAAAACUAUAUAAUAAUUCUACCAUCUGUGUGCAGUGAAAACAGAAAAUGUCAUUCAAGUUCAGGCCAGUGAUCUCCUCGCCAUGUGAUCAUGGACUGUUUUACUUAAAUAUAAUAUUUAUGUGGCCAUGAUGCUAGCAUUAGACCAGAUAGAAGCUGCAUGACGACAUCGCAGGUCUCGUGGAUCUUCAUUAGAUCACAUAUAACCCAGUGCUCACUUUUAGUAAACCUGCUUACAGUUUACAGCGGCAUGUCAGACUGUGUUGCUGCAUUCACACACACCUUGUAAGUUAAUUUAUUUUACCUUUUUGCUGGUGCUUUUGGGAAAAUAAAAAUAAGCUUGGAUUGACUUAUUUUACUCAUUGUAUUUACCCAUCUUGUAUAGUGAGAGAAUAUCUCUGUGCUAUGACAUUGCUUUUUGAUUGUUGAGGGUCUGACCUCUGCAACCCUGAAAAUGAAGGGGCAUCACUGAGGUCCCUUCACUGGUUUCCCCUGAACAGUGGUGCUCCCAACCACCCACUGGCUGUGACCCCCCCCUCAUUCUUAGGAUCUUUGGUGAUCCUAGAAGCUAAAAUUGGUCUACGCCCUUUAGUGAGAUGUUCUGGUAUAGCAAAUGCUUCCCAUAGACUGCAACUACAGAACAAACUUGGAUCAUGCUCAUCCUAGCAUCGUUGGGGUCCUAGGUUUGUAUUUGCCAAGACCAACAUCUACAUAGAAUGUGUAUGUCCUUUGUGUUUGCAUGGGUUUCCUUGGAUUACUGAUAGGUAGGUUAGAUUGAGCCCUAUUUGCGACAGUGAGCAAUAAUAAUGUCCGUGCGGAAUAUGUUAUCACUCUACAAGUGAGUAAAAUGAAUAAACACCCAUCUACUGACAUUUUUGUGUAUUGUUGGAAGGUUGUGAAUGAAAUCCUCUAAUCCUAGAGCUUGGAUUGGAUGACUUUCCAUGACCUGUUCAGCUACUUGGUUUGCAUUUCCUGGAAGACACAAGACUUGCUGAUCACAUUCUGCAUACCAACUAAAUAGAUCUGUGCAACUACAACCCCCUUCCCCUUCCCCAGCUUCUAUAUAUGAAUUUGUUGUGUUUUCAGUGUUCAUUAUACUUUUUAAUCUGUAUUGAAGAGCAGGUUCAAACUUUCCUAAUAAAUUGUAAUUAAAGGA